CAAGAAUCGGUAGAAUACGGUUCCUGGUUUCUGUACGGGCGCCUCAGUGUCCGGGGCGCCCUGCCAGGUGUCAUGCCCGUUCCUCGUCUGCAUGCACAGGUCUGCCAUCCUUCGUCUUCCUCCUUCCUCCCGGCCCUCCAUCCAAUUUCAAUUUGCAGUUGCCAGCAAUUCAAGAACGCCUCAAUUUCCACCAACUUCAAGAGGGUCCUCCUCUGCGCCAUUAAUUAAUCAGCGCUCUGAUUUUUACCAGUGUGCGCUGUAUAAGCGCAAGAAGCAGCAGAUUGAGGAGCUCAACAAGCGCACACUUGUUGAGGCAUUCACCGCCAUCUCUUCUCUCCUCACUUCAAUCAAUCUGUCAAGUGUUGGAAGUACAUGCGGGAGUUGUAUUGCCACUAUAUUCUUAGUCACACGAGUUUAGCAGUCCCAACACUCCCGCUGAUGAGCUCGGUGUGCUGAGAUUUACCCUCAAAAAAGCAGAGAGAAAAAAGGGAUCAAGCUGGCGAGCGCGACCCUGACCAGGGCUGCUGAGGGCCUGCGCGCUGGAUUUCAGAUCCUGAGAGAGCCUGCUCAUACUAAAGUUCCUUCUGUUCGCUUGUUCGGCGUGGACGCAAAGCCUGCUGGCCACCGGACCAAGAAGAUAACAGCUUACCAAAGAAUGGCCAACGGAUCCCCUGCGGAAGUUGCGUCCAAGUAUGCGGCUGCCAAGGCAGCCAAAGUGGAUCCUAAGAAGGUCGGUUUUGAGCGACCAGAGAUGCAUUCCAUCCCGCUGGCCGGCACUGUCAAGUUCUACGAGCAGCACGUGUUCCUGACGGCGGGGGAUGGAAAGAAGUGGCCUGCCAAAGUCGAGAAGUCAACCUCAACAGGGCUGCCUGCAAAACUUGCUGCAGCGGUCAGCCAGCAUGCGGGGGCAAAGAAGACAAACUUCAUGCUCUGCGACUCCAGCGAUGGUGCGGAAGGGGACGUGCUGGUGUUCCCCAACAUGGUCAAGUACAGGUUGCAGCCCUCCGACGACGUCGCCGCCUUUGUCAAGAGCGCCCUGAGUCUUGACGGAGAAAUCACCACUCCCAGCGAGCCAAUCACAGGCAGCCACGUGUUCAUAUGCACGCACAACAGCAGGGACGCCCGGUGUGGGUACUGCGGCCCGCUCCUAGUUGCAGCGUUCAAGGAAGCGGCCAAAGAGAAGGGCCUGGCGGAGUCCGUUCACAUUCGGGGGUGUUCGCACACAGGGGGACAUAAGUAUGCGGGCAACGUGAUCAUUUACAGGGAGCGGGAGGGGAAGGUCGAGGGGGACUGGUACGGAUACGUGUCCCCGGCUGACGUCACCACCCUCCUGGAGCAGCACAUCCAGGGGGGAAAGAUUGUGGAGAAGCUGUGGCGUGGCCGCAUGGGCCUCACGGAGGAACAGCAGAAGGCGGUGCUGAAACGGGUGGCCGCGAGCCGGGAGGCGGAGCCGAGCGGGACCGCCGGAGGGACGUGCGAGGGGUGCGACUGCGGCAAGGCGGAGGGCAAGAAACUCGGGCCUGAGGUUAUGGAAGCGACGCCGAAUGGAUUCCAGUACGUCCCCGCAAAGGCAAACCUUGCUGACCCAUUUACAAGCGACUACGCUUCAACCACCAUCGCUGGGGGCCCGGCUCUCAUCAAGUCGGAGGGUGGAAGCCCCCCUCAGUCCGAUGAAGGGGCAGCAUCGUCCCAAUGGAUGCCGUCUUGGGUGCAGAAACUAGAGCGGAAAGAUGUUGUCAUGGGGGCGGCAGUGGUGGUCGCAGCGGGGGUAUUGAUUCUGUGGUUCAACUCGCAGCGGCGAGCGGCGUAAGUGGUAGAGUCGAGGAUGAUCAUAUGUGGACCUUAAAAUUUCAAUCCCCUAAAUGGCACGCAAUAACCGAAAACAAAUAGCAAAUGACAACAAACAUUGAUUAUUCUGUUUUGAGUUCUUUGAUUGUCAUAUUAAGUCAUUGGAAAGGUCAAUAGUCCUUGGCUGAACAUCAUUGGAAAACCUGCAUUUUUGUCCAUGACUUGCCUACCUCCCAAAGGUGCCGAAG